AUGGAAGAAUCUGGAAUACCUUCUGCUAUUGGUGAUGAUGAAUGUGAGAAGAGGAAAAAACGUGGACCAGUUGGAAAGCUUUUCUUUAAGGUAGGUGAACGUAUGGGAAUUGUUGAGCAGACACGUUUAGCACCUGAAUUUGUUACUGAAAUUGAAAAAUAUUACAAAUAUCAAGAAGAUGUUGAUAAGUUAGUUGAUCGAUUAGAAAUUGUCCUGCAAAACGAUGAGACAGUUUUACGGAGUGGAAAUAUUGAAUGUAGCGAGAAAACGGAUCCGUAUGAGAUAUUUGCACAAAAUAUUAAUGCUUUCCGAUCAUUUCAUCCUGAAAAUGCUCAGGUUUCAUUAACUGAAGCUGAAGCAGUUGUUAAACGUUUAGCAAUAAUGAAUCGAGAAAUGCAAUCUAAAGGUCGUCGAUCAAUUCAUAAAAUGCGACAAUUUGUGACACACGAGAAAUUAGCAAUGACUGAAGCACAAAAAAAAUUAAUGCAAGCACGCGAUACGAUGGAUGCAGCUCGACAUGAUCUUAAACAUGCACGAACAACAGAAAUGGUUGAGGAAAAGGGAAAAUAUUACGAACGUAUGGUAAGAGAAUUUGAUCAACAAGCUGCCCGUGUUGCAGCAUUUCCCGAACAUUUACCCGCGGAUAAAGAGGAACAUCAGAAGGAAUUAUUUGAUUAUUUUGAAACGCUUGGAAAUUUUCAUCAAAAUGCAAAUUUAUUGCUUGAAGAGCAUUUGCCACUAAUGAAAAUACCACCGACUGUGACAGUUACAAAUCCUCGUCAACAAUAA